AUGGAAUAUAUCGGAUGUCGGAUGAGACAGGUUGGCCAGACGUAUGCUGAUGCCUUACUGUAUUUCACCUUGGACUAUAUCUACUCUGCAAUUACAGAGAAUUAUACUGCCGAUGUUGUUGAACCCUUUGUAGUCUUUGCAAAGUAUUCCACUGGUGCAGUCCACUGUUACAACGAGCAGAAAGGCAACUCCAUCCGGGUUUUUGCUGGAAAGGACUCACCGUUAAACCUCGGAAACUACCCAAGUACUUGUGUCAGCAAUUCUUCAAGGUGUACCAAUGGUUUCACGCUAGCCUUCUGGUUCAAGCUUCUGGAAACCCCCUCCACCCUGAGCACUGAGUACUACAUGGACACAGGUGCCAAAGACGGUGAUUAUGGCCUGGCCGUGUACCACACUUCUGGCAAAGUUGUUUUUGAAGUGAAACUUGGUCUGACCACGUACGCAAAACACCUUCAGCUUCUGGCUAAUAUUCCCGUCAUUCAAUGGGUGCACGUCAUCAUGAGCUUUCAGUCAAGAGAAAUUGCAGUUUAUUUGAACAAUAUCGAACAGUUUGCUUUAAAUCUCCAAAGUGAGGUCUUCGCCAUACCACAGGAAGCCGCUACUACUGCCACACUUCAGGAUUCCUCCACUGGUUUCCAUGUUGGUUCCGGUGGUGAUGCGGUGUACGAUGAAAUCGCAUUCUGGGAUAGAGUUUUGAACGUCACCGAACGAGGCAGUAUCUACGCUGAUGAUGACUUUGCCAACUCUGACGUGACAGUUAACAUCUCAGACUAUCCAGAUAUGUGGACAGACACUGGCCAAUCAACAACCAUCGCAACGAUAUCAGACAUUCUCACAACCACAUCAGACAAUCUUACAACCACACCAGACAUUCCUACAACCACAUCAGACAUUCCUACAACCACAUCAGACAUUCCUACAACCACAUCAGACAUUCUAACAACACCAGAAAUUCUUACAUCACCAGACAUUCCUACAACCACAUCAGACAUUCUAACAACACCAGAAAUUCUUACAUCACCAGACAUUAAUACAAAAACAUCAGACAUUCCCACAACCACAUCAGACAUUCCUACAACCACAUCAGACAUUCCUACAACCACAUCAGACAUUCCUACAACCACAUCAGACAUUCCUACAACCACAUCAGACAUUCCUACAACCACAUCAGACAUUCCUACAACCACAUCAGACAUUCUCACAACCACAUCAGACAUUCCUACAACCACACCAGACAUUCCCACAACCACAUCAGACAUUCUUACAACACCAGAAAUUCUUACAUCACCAGACAUUCUUACAACCACAUCAGACAUUCUUACAACAUCAGACAUUCUUACAACCACACCAGAUAUUCCUACGACCACACCAGACAUUCUUACAACCACAAAAGACAUUCUUACAACCCAAACCAACUCAGAUGUCUCAACAACUGUUACCAAAGGAACAACUGCUGAAAGCCACACAAUAAUCAGAACCACCAAUCCUGCAACAGCUAAAGCUGAUGACAAAUCAACAAUUAGUGGAUCAACUGAAGUUGAAACAACAACCCAAGCACUAUCCACUACUAUCACUGUAACAACUACAUCAUCCACAACCAAUGAAGUAAGUACUAAUGAACUAGCAGAUACACACACAAGCCCAAAAAUAUCCACAGCAGUCAACAGCAAGAGCACAACCAGUGGACCAUCAACAACCCAGCCAUCAACACCAAGCAUUUCAACCUCAGCAACUUCCACUGAUUCUCACGACAAAUCCACAACAGCUCAAACCCAAUCCACAACUCAAGUUAGCACAAUCAGUGGAACAACUUUCAUAGUCCACACAACGGACUCAGGAGUAAAGCAAGUAUCAACUCAUGCCUUAUCAACUCCUCGGGCAUCAACACUCAAGACAGCGAUUCCUCCAACACAUUCAUCAACAACAGUCGUUGUGGACAAUCCUGAUUUUAAAACCUCAUCUCCUGACACAACCUCUUCGUCAGCAACAGAAUCAACAUCCCCUGAUCUGAUGGCAGUUUCUCCUGAACUUGCAACACUCACCACUUCUGAUUUGGAAACAAACUCCCCAACAUCGUUUGACUUCACAAUGGAAGCAGUAACUCCUACAUACACUGAUAAACUAGAACCAGGUAUAUUGACUACACACACUACAACCAUUGGGCAUACAAGUGGUCCUCCAGAUGAGCCAAAACAGUCCUCAGUAACUCCAAUUCGGAUGGCUACAUCUAAAGACUCUGCUAGUCAGACUAUUUCAAAUUUGUGGAAUUUGGUGAAUACAACAAUUGGAUUGGAUGGCAACACUGACAGUCACACAGCAGCUCUGUUGUUCAACUCAACGGCUGCGUUGGCAGACUACACCACAGCAGAUUCAGAUGACAGCAGUGUAUUACUUGCAUCAGCUGAGGUCUACAUUGAGCUAGCUAGUCUCCUUGUCAAGUCGUUUGAUGAUUACACUGUUGAGGAGGCUACAGAUGUGGUUGCGGUAAGAUUUUGCCUCUCUGAAUGUGGUGGACAGUUUGGUGAGCCCUGCAAAUUCAAAGAGAUGGUCAUCUGUAGGAUCAGCUGUAGUAGCACAGAUCACCCAAUCAGCUGA